AUGUUUGUGCCAUUUCAGUUUCUUCUUCUUCUCCUUCUUCUUCUUAUCUCCAGAGCGUUUCACUCGUCUUCCGAGUAUUUAAUCGGCGUCGGAAGCUAUGACAUCACUGGUCCCGCCGCUGACGUCAACAUGAUGGGCUACGCAAACUCCGACCAAAUCGCCUCCGGGAUUCAUUUCCGGCUACGAGCUCGGGCCUUCAUCGUCGCUGAGCCCCAAGGGAAUCGCGUCGCGUUUGUGAAUCUCGACGCGUGUAUGGCGUCUCAGAUCGUUACAAUCAAAGUCCUUGAGCGUCUCAAAGCAAGAUAUGGUGAUCUUUACACAGAGAAGAAUGUGGCGAUAAGUGGGAUUCACACGCAUGCUGGUCCAGGAGGAUAUCUUCAGUAUGUCACAUAUAUUGUGACGUCGCUUGGAUUCGUUCGACAAUCUUUUGACGUCCUCGUUGAUGGCAUUGAGCAAACCAUUAUCCAAGCUCACGAAAGCCUACGUCCUGGUUCCGUUUUCGUCAACAAAGGGGAUCUCUUGGAUGCUGGUGUGAACAGAAGCCCUAGUUCGUAUCUGAACAAUCCUGCGGCUGAGAGGAGUAAGUAUAAGUACAACGUGGACAAAGAAAUGACGCUUCUCAAGUUUGUUGAUUCUCAGUCUGGGCCUAUCGGUAGCUUUAACUGGUUUGCGACUCAUGGGACUUCCAUGAGCAGGACCAACUCUCUGAUAAGUGGUGACAACAAAGGCGCAGCGGCGCGUUUCAUGGAGGACUGGUUUCAGAAUGGUCAGAAGAUUUCUUCAGAUAGCUCAAGUAAAAUCCCUCGGCGAGUAUCGACCAUUGUUUCUGAUCUCAGCAGAAACCACAGUAGACUUUUGGAUAUCGCAGCGAGUUUUAAGUCAUCUAGAGGACAGAAUGUGGCGAAGACUCUUGAUGCUAAAAUCCGAGUGAGAAAGGCUUCGAAGCGUAAAUUUGUCUCUGCCUUUUGUCAAUCAAACUGUGGUGACGUGAGUCCAAAUGUUCUUGGUACGUUUUGCAUCGACACUGGACUGCCUUGUGAUUUCAAUCACAGUACCUGCAAUGGAAAGAACGAGUUGUGCUAUGGCCGUGGACCAGGGUACCCUGAUGAAUUUGAGAGUACGCGUAUCAUUGGAGAGAAGCAAUUCAAAAUGGCAGUGCAGCUUUUUAACAAAGCUACAGAGAAGCUACAGGGGAAGAUUGGUUACCAACAUGCGUAUAUAGACUUCUCGAAUCUUCAAGUCACAGUUCCUAAAGCAGGAGGUGGCUCUGAGACGGUGAAGACAUGUCCCGCUGCAAUGGGGUUUGGUUUCGCUGCUGGAACAACUGAUGGUCCAGGUGCUUUUGAUUUCAAACAAGGAGAUGAUAAGGGUAAUGACUUUUGGAGAUUAGUGAGGAACGUGUUAAGAACACCUGGUCCGGAACAGGUCCAAUGCCAAAAACCAAAACCCAUUUUACUUGACACUGGUGAGAUGAAGACACCAUAUGACUGGGCGCCUUCGAUUCUUCCGGUUCAGAUAUUUCGCAUUGGUCAGUUAGUCAUCCUCAGUGUCCCCGGAGAGUUCACGACAAUGGCUGGAAGGCGUCUCCGUGACGCUGUGAAGUCAUUUCUCAUCUCUUUGGACAGCAAAGAGUUUGGCAACAACCUACAUGUCGUAAUCGCAGGUCUCACCAACACGUAUUCUCAGUACAUCGCCACUUUCGAGGAGUACGAGGUUCAGAGAUACGAGGGAGCUUCAACGCUAUACGGCCCACACACACUCACUGCCUAUAUCCAAGAAUUCAAGAAACUAGCCACAGCUUUGGUCAACGGUCAAACGCUCCCACGUGGGCCCCAACCUCCCGACCUUCUUGCCAAACAGAUCAGUUUGCUAUCGCCUGUGGUCGUUGACUCCACUCCUCUGGGAGUCAGCUUCGGAGACGUCAAAGCCGACGUGCCUCCAAAGUCAACGUUCAGGAGAGGCCAGCAAGUCAACGCGACGUUUUGGUCGGGAUGUCCCCGAAACGACCUGAUGACGGAGGGAUCUUUCGCUGUGGUGGAGACGUUGCGUGACGGAGGGAAUUGGGUACCAGUUUACGACGACGAUGACUUCAGUGUCAAGUUUAAGUGGUCGAGAGAGGAGAAGCUUAGCCCGGAGAGCCAAGCCACGGUGGAGUGGAGGAUACCGGAAUCUGCCGUGGACGGAGUUUACAGGAUAAGACAUUACGGUGCUUCUAAGUCGCUGUUUGGAUCGAUUACAAGCUUCUCUGGUUCUUCUAGCGCCUUUGUACUUAGUGAUAUUGUUACUAUGAGAAACAGCGAUUCACAG